AUGGCUGCGUUUGGUUCUUGUCGUCUCCUCCUUUUCCUGGCAGCAUUGAUCCUUACGCUGGGAUCUGUGUGCGAUGCUCAGCCGAAUCUUGUCCGAAAGGCAAGAGCUCUUUUACGUGGCAAUAGACUUGCCCAGUCCGUGGGAGUUAACGGUAUCGUUCGACUUUUUAAGGAAGUCAACCGCGGCAGAAGGUGCAAUAUGCGACUCUGUUUUGCUCUGGACGGUAGUGGGUCUAUCUCGCCGGUCCAGUUUAAGGUACAGCAGGACCUGGUCAAGCUUCUUGCAUCUGUAGCACGUGAGGGAGGAGCCACCUUCUCGGCGGUGCAAUAUGGUCUCAGCAACACGGCUAUCUCCACUCCAACUGGAAACGCUCCGAAAUUCCGUAGAGCAGUCGAUGAUUCCAUCUUCCAGAGAGCGCCGAGAACGUUUAUUGGAUCUGGGUUGGGCUUCUGUAUUUCAAACUUGAAGACAGAACCGCGAGGUCGGGGUAGGAGGAUUCUGUUGUUGGGAGAUGGUCGCUCCAAUUUCUUUACUCUCGCUUUACCCCUUGUCCUGUCUACUCUGAAUGAUAUUCAGAUUUCCGCUGUGGGGAUCGGCUUUCCGCGAAAUUCGAGGACGUUGUUGGAUAUUACUGGAAGUAGGAGCCGACUUUGCGCGGUCAACAGAUACUCAGAUAUCCGAAGAAUUGUUUUCAAGCUGGUACGCGGUCUAUGCAUGCCAGUAAACACUCGUACCUAA